GGAGGCGCGGCGGGGCGGAGCGACGGGCCCCGAGCCCGCCGGGGUGGGGCGAUCCCGUCCCGGCCAGUUGCCCCGGGUUGGGGCAGAGGUCCAGGCCAACGGUCCUUGUCGUAGCCGUGCUGCACUUCUGCACCCUGAGGCCCGCGCUGGAAGCGGGCCUAGUGUUGUUGCCUCACCCCUCCUCGAGGCAGGUCCCGGGGCUCGCACGCGUCUCAUCCCCUCAGCGCCCGCCGCCUGGAGUCACCGGCCUUGGUCUCAGCCCGGUGGGAUAUAUCUGCAACUUGAAGAUAAAGCAAAAAUCUUCUUUGAAAUAGAUGGAAUUUUGUCACUUUCUGUGAACUAAAGCGAUUCAAUGUCUCUUUUGGAUUGUUUCUGUGCUUCACGAACACGAGUUGAAUCACUCAGACCUGAAAAACAGUCUGAAAUCAGUGUCCAUCAAUACCUGGUUGAUGAGACAGCCGUUUCCUCCUGGUCACCUCCAUCAGCUGGAGCCAGUGAAGUGAUAUGUUCCACUAAUGUUUCUCACUAUGAACUGCAAGUGGAAAUAGGAAGAGGGUUUGACAACCUGACCUCUGUUCACCUCGCACGGCACACUCCUACAGGAACACUGGUAACUAUAAAAAUUACAAACCUGGAAAACUGUACGGAAGAACGUCUGAAAGCUUUACAGAAAGCGGUGAUUCUGUCUCACUUUUUCCAACACCCCAAUAUCACAACUUACUGGACAGUUUUCACUGUUGGCAGCUGGCUUUGGGUUAUUUCUCCAUUUAUGGCCUAUGGCUCAGCAAGCCAGCUCCUGAGAACCUAUUUUCCUGACGGGAUGAGUGAAACCUUAAUAAGGACCAUUCUCUUUGGAGCAGUGCAAGGCUUGAACUACCUGCACCAGAAUGGCUGCAUCCAUAGGAGUUUUAAAGCCAGCCACAUCCUCAUUUCUGGUGAUGGCCUAGUGACCCUCUCUGGCCUGUCCCAUCUGCAUAGUUUGGUUAAGCACGGACAGAGGCAUAGGGCUGUCUUUGAUUUCCCACAGUUCAGCACAUCAGUGCAGCCGUGGCUGAGUCCAGAACUACUGAGACAGGAUUUACAUGGCUAUAAUGUGAAGUCAGAUAUUUACAGUGUUGGGAUCACAGCAUGUGAAUUAGCCAGUGGGCAGGUACCUUUCCAGGACAUGCACAGGACUCAGAUGUUAUUACAGAAGCUGAAAGGUCCUCCAUACAGCCCACUGGAUAUCAGUAUUUUUCCACAGUCAGACUCUAGAAUGAGAAAUUCCCAGUCAGGAGUAGACUCCGGGAUUGGAGAAAGUGUGCUUGUCUCGACUGGAACUCACACAGUCAAUAGUGAACGGCUUCACACACCAUCCACAAAAACGUUCUCUCCUGCCUUUUUUAGCCUGGUGCAGCUGUGUUUGCAGCAAGAUCCUGAGAAAAGGCCAUCAGCAAGCAGUUUAUUGUCCCAUGUAUUCUUCAAGCAGAUGAAAGAAGAAAGCCAAGAUUCCAUACUCUCACUGUUGCCGCCUGUUUAUAACAGGCCGUCAGUGGCAGUGCCACCAGUGUCACCAUGGAGUGAGCUGGAAUGCGAGUUUCCUGAUGACAGAGACCCAGACUGGGAAUUCUAGGGUUGCUGAAUCAUUUCAUGUCCUCUAUACUUGACAGCUUCUCCAUGCUGCUUUUCUUCUGUAUUGUUAGGUACAAAUGCCAGAUCUAUACUUGAAAAUACAGUUGGUGCACUGGAGAUGAUCAGUUAAAACCACUCUGUUUGUGGGCGUGGUUUCACCCUCUGCUCAGAUCAGAGUACCUUCCUGACUUCAACAUCAGAAUUAGACAGUUAGUGUCAUCCAUCUGUUCCCCCCCCCCCCCGACACUUUUUUUUCCUUUUCUUGAAGCUGUGAUUGGUGUGUUCUGGAUCUCAGUGUAAUUAUUUGAGCCAGCUAGUUCUCUUCUACAUUUUGCUGUCCUCUGGGGAAUAAGCCCUUCCUCUGAGGACAGUGAUUCCAAGGACAUCCUUUCUUCCAGAUUCUCUAGCCUUUUUGAUUAGCUAUUGUUAGAUGAACAGGCUGGUUUAUUCUGGUACAAAGCCCUUUUUUGGAGAAGGGAAAAUGUUUGUACUAUCCCUUUUACAUAUGGUAAUAUCAAACUGAGCCUUGCUCACAUUAAAUAAUUCACUUAAAAUAUAAAGAGAAGAUGCAAUUUGCAUUUUAAAAGGGAGAGGGCUAAAGUAACACUUCUACCUGAGUAAAUUAUAGAGCCUUAAAUCAUGCACCCUGUGGGAGCGCAAUAAAAAUUGAUUACAUUGAACAUAUCUUUUAUUUUGUGUGACUUAACUAAGCUAGAACACAGAUUCUAAUUUGGUUUGCUUAAGAGAAGGUCUUUUGCAAACAAGUUACAUAACCUAAGAAACUAGGUAAUCUUGAGUAGAUGUUAGGGACAGAUGUCAUUCUGGCCUUUUUACAUGAUUAUUUAUGUAGUUGAUGCUGGUAUUGCCUCUUUAGCAGGAGAUGCUGUGUUUUUUGUUGCUGUGAUAAAAUUCCAUGAUCAAAAGUGACUUAAGCAUUGCAGAGGGCUCGUUGUCCGUAAUGACAAGGCAGGCAUGGUGUCAGGAGCAGAGAGCUAAGUGGUCACAUGCCAUCUACGCACAGGAAGAGAGAGUGAGCUGGAAGUGGGACAAGACUAUAAACUCCAGACACCCCAGUAACUACUUCCUCCAGCAAGGCUCACAAUAACCUUCCCAAACAGCAUCACCAACACCAACUAAGUGUCUAGAUACAUGAGCCUACUCUCCAGACACCCCCGUAACAUCUUCCUCCAGCAAGGCCCACAAUAACCUUCCCAAGUAGCAUCACCAACACCGACUAAGUGUCUAGAUACAUGAGCCUACAGGGCACUUUUUCAUCCAAACCAGCACACUGUCUCAAAAAUGGUUUGUAGUUUAAGUUGUAAUAAACUGGGGUCUGUGUCA